AUGUCCAAUCCUUCAAUCGUCAUUGUGCCAGGCGCAUGGCACCGGCCUGCACACUUCGAGGGCCUCAUUGAUGAGCUUGCAAAGAUCAACUACGAUGCAGAGGCCGUUACCAUGCCUUCUGUGGAUUCUAGUCCGCCACUUGCUACCUGGGACCAGGACGCACAGGCCGUCCGAGAAAUGAUUAUGAGCAAACUGGAUGCCGGAAAGGACGUCGUCGUGCUCGCACAUUCAUUUGGCGGCAUCGCCAUGUCCGAGGGAGCCAAGGGCCUAGGAAAAAAGGAGCGAGGUGCGCAAGGUUUGAAAGGCGGGAUUAUCAAGCUGGUCUACAUGUGCGCAAUGGCGUUGCCUGAAGGCCAGAGUCACAUUGGACACUUGGUCCCGCAGACGCCUGAAGAGGAAGAGGUUGAGCGUCAAGGCAAAGAGCUGGAGUUGAAGUGCGGCGGGUUAGAAGUAACAUCGGACGGAGCAAUGCUGCUUCCGAAGGAUCAUAUCCACCUCAUCUUUUAUAACCGCUGCGACCAAAAGGAUAUCGACAGGGCCGUUGGAUUGCUGGGCACAUUCCCCAUGGGCCCAUUAGCCGUUCCUGUCACGUACACUGCCUACCGUGAGAUUCCGAGCACAUACAUUGUCUGCAAGAACGACAUGGCAUUGCGGGAACCAUUCCAGCGGAGGAUGAUUGCGCAAGGGGAGGGCUGUUUUGAGGUGGAGGAAUGCGAGGAGGGCCACUCCCCAUUUAUGAGUAAUCCAGGCUUUAUCGUCGAUUCGGCGUCGACAUCUCCCGUAAAUCAACCGCGGCGCCAAAACACAAGUUGUGAUCCAUGCAGGCGUUCCAAGCGACGCUGUGUUGUGCAGUCCAGUCCGGACGGAAUUUCUGAUGCGAUCUGCGGAAAUUGCAAGCGUCUGAGACGUCAAUGUACAUUCGAAUUCGCUAUAUCCCAGUCCAGUCCUUUUUCCCACAGGCGGCAGAAACGCAAGUACGGGGAAAGCAGUGUAUCAACCACGCAAAAUGAAUCGAAUGACAUCGAUACAACGAUCGAGGAUGUCGCUGGAAGCCCGAGCCAUCGAUUCGAUGCUACCUCUGUCGCUGACCAAGAUAUUCUGGCGGCUUGGCUGAACCUUGAUUACGAUGGGAUUGUGGCCGAUAGCGCCAACGCGUUUUCAACCAACAUCGAGCCUUCUGACUCAUGCACUGCGCUUCGUUCUGAUUACAUAGUGCCAGCACAGGCCCAGGGUGGGGGUCAGGGUCAACUGACCCGCUUCCACGAAGGCCAAACCACCGGGUCAAAUCAUCACCGACCAGUUGUUGGCCUGUCAUUCAGCAGUCCCAUCCACCUACUAAAUUCCGGAAUAGACGCAAAGAUAUUUGGUGAUCGUCUCGCCCGGAUAUAUGAAGCAAUCGCAACAGCGAGUGCGUCAAGGUUUUUGGACUAUGACUGCAAUCUCUAUGCAACUGGGAGUCGCUACCGGAUGGGAGAUAGUGACUCAGGAAGCUCAAAUGGAUCGGCACCUGCUAGGUCAACCGUAGAUUCGACCGCUAUCUCUCCCCGAUAUGGUCUUCCGGUAUCAUCGCAAGCACUUCCUUAUGACAUUUCAUUGCUUGGAAGUGUUCGGUUCCUUGAUCAUUUGGGCGACCUCUAUGGUAAUCGACUGAACUCGGUCGCGCGGAAGAAAUCAGAUGAGACUUUCAAAGCAGUCCUUCGGGUAUUCUCGAUGCAAUGGUUACCGAGCUCCGCUCAUGAUCACUCUUCUCGGAAUUUAAAGUCUGGAGAAGCAGGAGACUCUUCCUUGGACGCCUUCAUAGAUGCUUGGGUGCGAGCAAGAUCACUUCUCAGCGAUGCGUGCGAGGUUCGAUCAUUUCGAGUUGUAUUGGCAACCCUCAUGUUUGUUGGUAUUGUUAUACCAACUAAAAUAACCGACAGAGAGGAUCUCGCACCGAACCACUUUCUUGACACGGCUUUGCAAAAGUUAUCUUACUUAGAUGGACUUGUCACACAAUACUGUGCUAACCUGGGACCGUCAUCUACAUAUGGCGCUCUGGCUGAAGCAAGCUUGAGUAUUGUCCGGUGGACUGCAUAUAUCCGCGACACGGGGGCAGCGUUAGCGAUGGAUCGUAAGUGCAAACUUCCAGACAUAUGGGGUACUACAAAAGUCCUUUCAAACAAAGAUGCCGUGGCAGCGUUGGCAGUCUCUCAAAAUAUCCUCGAGUUGGAUAUCAAUGUUCAACAUAUCUGCCGGAAAGCUAGUGCAGAAACAUUCUGUGUCUGGAGGCAGAUUAUAAACAUCAAAACCGUUGCUACCCAGACGUACGGCACUGUCAAUGAGCGGUCAUCGUCAACAAUUGAAGCAAUAAAGUUGAGCGUGGCGGCUGUCCGUGACUUCAGCGAAACAUUCCAACCUUUCAUCCUUCAUUGCAUCAAAAAUUUCCAUUGCCUGUCCACUUACACUCUUACCAAUUUGCCCACUUAUAUUUUCUCUCGCAGUUCUAUCGCCGAUGUCUCUCUGACAGGUCUUGCCUUAGUUUCCCUCGUGAUGUUCUGGAACCUUGGCAUUUUUCUCCUCGCGGAGGUCUUCAAAAAGGUGACCAAAGAUCUUGAUCGCUCUUUCAGCCAAGAAAUAGAGCUAGCCGUCCGGGAAUAUCAGCGGGACGCAACCUCGUGCGUGACGCAGGUCGUCGAAUGCGUAUUGAACUUACCCGCCGAGGAAGCCUUCAAUCUCCAAAAUGGACUAGGUGCAGAAGUCCCACUCACGGCCUAUCAUGUCACUCCCAGUUUGGCUGUUACGGCCCUUCAAAGAGCCAUUGAGAAUGUGAUAGACCUGCAGCUGUACUCCAAUUGUGAUGCUGGAGUAUCAGACGACGAUGCACACUCUUUGAUACCAGACGGGAUAUGGGAUCGGCAAAUCGAUGUUCUCAUGAAAGGACUCAUGUCGCUUGACGUUACUAUUGGCGGGUCACAGACCUGUGGCGUGGCCCUCAGGGGGUUGAUGCACAACCACGGGGAUAUACUAUCUGAGUGCUGGAUUUCAGGGUUUGACUCAUGA